AUGUAUAAAUUAAAUACAAUACAAGGCCAUUCAUUUUUUAAUUUUUAGGCUCCAUUAAACUACUUUUCAAAAAGAAAAUUCUUUCAACUGGCAAAUGAAAUAAAACCAAAAAAGAGAGAUUCUUUUGGACUAAUAGUUAUUUCACAGUCUCUUCCAAAAGGUUUUUGGUUUAGAGAUUAUGAUGCAGUUAGAUCUGUUAAUAAACGGUUAAAGGAAAGUCGUCCUAAUAAUCACAGAAUACAGAAUCCAAUUUAUUUUAAGAGAAGAAAUAUUCAAGAAUAUUUAUAAAACUAUACAACUAGAGCAUGUACACCAAAUCCUACUAAAAAAUGGAGAAAAUAUCGUAAUUUGAUUUUGGAGAACAAUACUUAUAUUUAAAUGUCAAGAGAGUAAAUAAAAUAAAAAUUUUAAGAGACUCUAAAUUUAUUGAUUCCUAAUAAAUAAUCUUCACCUCCAAAGAGUAAACGUGGUUCAUUCUUAAAUUAGCAAUAAUAACAAUGUUUAAUUGAUGUACAUACUAGUUAACAAUCUAAAAUUAAACAUUUUAGUAGGCAAACAUCAAAAAGAAAGGAUGAAAGUAUGAGAUCUUUCGAAAGUCAUUUUUAAGACAUAAAUUGUGAACAAAGCAAUUUUAAUCAUUCAUAUUUUUAAGAAAAACUUAUAUCAUCUAAUUAGAUUACUCCUAGAAAUAGAUUUUUCAAGGAUUGCUUUAGAUUAUAUGGAAUAGAUUCUUAAAUUUAAGCACCAAAAAAUAAAUUAAUAUUUACUGAUUCUGUAUAAUUAGUCGAAUCCUUAGAAACUAGAUGUGAUAAAAAUGAAGCUAUCUAAAUCUAAACUCAGAAAUCUAAUUCAAAGUAGAAUAAUUUAUUAAAUUUAAUUAAGAAAUAAAGACAAAAGAAUUUAUAGAACAAGAUAGCAUCUCCAAAGUUUUCUAAGUUAAAUAAUUCAAACUCUAAAGAUAAUAAAAUUCUUAAUAUCUAUUUUCCAUCUCUCAAAAAAAACUAUGCAAGAGAUCUUUCUUGA